UACUGUAGUUGACACUGACUGUAGCUUUGGAGGAAACACGGGUUAAUCCUCACAGAUUAUCAACAGAAAACUUCACACUGGUUUUCUCUUUUUGAGUUACUGUUAACUGAUGAUGAAGCGUGAAGACAACAACAACCACAGACUGGUUUUCUCCCAGUUUAGUUGAAUUGGUUUUUGCGUCAUGAAUUAGUCCAGGAUGUUUGUAUUGACAAGACCAAGAUGUCCUUUUGCAUGGCUCUAAUGCUGUUUCACCACACAUCUCUCCACUGAGCAUCUCUACAGCCACAAAACAGCCAUGAAGUUGGCUCUGCACAGGAUAGCAGGUACCACAAUAAGCACUUUAACAACAGGUGUCCAGUACCUUCGCUCCAAUGAAGCCAGCUACAACGACCCCUCCAUCGACUCGACUCUAAUCAAGAACGAGUUCCCCUUUGAGAAGCCUCACUCUGCCUCGAUUAGUAACGGCAUCUCUGGAAAUAAGGAGAUUAUUUACAGCAGCCUCUCUCCUGUUUUCCCCACCAAUGUAUCAGACUUUCUGCUGGGUAAUGGCACCUUGGUGGAGGGCGGCGGAGCAUCACAGUGCGGGGAAAACAUUACGGAUAACAUGGAGUGUUUUAUGAUUCUGACGCCUGGUCAGCAGCUUGCAAUCGCCAUCUUGGCACUAACCCUGGGUACAUUUACAGUGCUGGAGAACCUCAUGGUGCUGUGUGUGAUCCUACACUCCCAGACGCUUCGAUCUCGGCCUUCAUACCACUUCAUAGGCAGUCUGGCUGUGGCUGAUCUGAUAGGAAGCAUCAUUUUUGUCUACAGCUUUCUGGACUUUCAUAUCCUCCAUAGGAAGGACAGCCCGAAUAUUUUCCUCUUCAAACUGGCCUGGGUCAUCGCCUCCUACACUGCCUCUGUAGGAAGCUUGUUUCUCACUGCGAUUGACCGCUACAUCUCCAUUCACUGGCCCAUGGCAUACAAAAGCAUCGUCACAAAGACUAAAGCAAUUAUUGCCUUUAGUAUGAUGUGGGCAGUCUCCAUUAUCAUCUCAAUGCUGCCACUGCUGGGCUGGAAUUGCAAGCAGCUCAAUUCUGUCUGCUCGGAUAUUUUCCCUCUAAUUGACCAGAAGUAUCUGAUGUUCUGGAUUGGGGUGACAAGCAUCUUGCUCCUGUUCAUCAUCUACGCCUAUAUGUUCAUCCUCUGGAAGUCCCACCAUCAUGCUGUCCGCAUGCUGAGGCGCACCUCCCAGAGAAGUGUGAUUGUCUACACAGCAGAGGGGACUAAAGUGCAGACAGUGAGGCCUGACCAGGCCCGGAUGGACCUCCGCCUGGCUAAAACCUUAGUUCUGAUUCUGGUGGCCCUCAUCAUCUGCUGGGGCCCACUCCUAGCCAUCAUGGUUUAUGACCUGUUUGGGACAGUGAAUGACGUUAUCAAGACUAUUUUUGCCUUUUGCACCAUGCUCUGCCUUCUCAACUCCACCGUGAACCCUGUGAUCUAUGCCAUGAGGAGCAAGGACCUGCGCAGGAACUUCGUCAACAUCUGCCAUAUGUGCCGGGGAGCAACACAGCCUCUGGACAACAGUGCUGAUAGUGACUGGACCAGCAGGAGUAUGAGAAGCACAGUACGUGGAACAGGGAGAGGUGGAGCUGGCGGUGGAAAGAGUAAAGUUAAAGUGGCCCAGGUUGCCAUUUCUGGAGUGACUUCUACUGCAGAGCCGGUUUAAAAGACGACAUGGCCUGCUCUGGUACAACUGUGAAGUGAAGAUAUUGUAGUAUAGCUCUGUAGUAUACUCUCCUAGUGUACUUCUUCUUGUGACUGUGAAAUGUGCCAAAUCAUGACUUAGAUACAGAACUGACAAAUGCGUUUUUAUUGUUUCAUAUUAACAUAUUAUUAUACCAUCUGCAAAUGGAGUGUGGUGAAACUUCAGAAACUGAGCAUAUACUGUGUGAAGAUGCUGCUAAUAAAUGGUUUGUUAGGUUGUGCAAGUCUAAAUGAAAAUGCCAAUGUUAAAGUCACUUAGUAAAUAGUAUAAUCAUAUCCACAAGACACAGUCACUGUAAACACACUGUGCUUUGUUAUCUGUAGUUUGGAUGUGCAGAAAUAUUUUCGAGGUGUUAGCUUUAGUGUGGUAAAAUACUGCAUUUUUCUUUUCACAUUUCAGUUUUUUCACAUUAUAUUAUGGAAGUAAGGUGAAACUGUGUCUACCUUCAUGAAAAGUGCCACUCUUGAAUGACAAUAAGUAAAAUUAGCAGCGUUUGAUCAUUUUGUAAGACGUGGAUACGGUGUAAUUUGGCAUUGUUAAAUUUAAUCAAAUUUGACCAUAAUUAUUUAAUUAUUUUACUGUACUUUGCUAAGCAUCAUAGUGAGACAUACCUCGAAGUAAGAAUGGCACUUCAAUAAAAUCAAAACAUUUGUCGUUUGUAGUGAUUUAGGAAGAUUAAUGCUUAUUACACAUGUAGGCUGACUUAUUAAAAUGUAAUAUUUGUGAGAAUCUGUACAGCCAUAUUCCUGUGAAUGUCCAUUGUGCCAUUGUGCAACAAUCAUGCGUGUAUA